CCCGCUGGUACCAGUCUCAAGUCGGAAUUCAUACGAAACAGCUGUGGCGGCAUAGACAACCGCAACGUGAUUGAAGUUUUCUCGCAAUAGUAUCUCUGUUUUCGGCGCAACUCGACCGUUGAGGCUGAAUAAAUUUUCCGUCAGCGAUCAACCUCUCAUCAACGGUGGUAACAGUAUAACAAUAUUGGACAUUGGAAGGGGUGUAAUUACGCAAACGAUUCUGGCAUACGGUUCUAGAAAAUUGGAACACUGAAUACUUCGCUAGUUGUUGAUCGCUUCAUAAAACCAUGCUCCGGAUUAGUGCGUUUUGUAUAGCCGUUCUUGCAUUUAUCAUUGCUCUACUGACGAAACCCACAGAAUGUACCCUUCAGCCAAAGGCACCAAAUUUUCAGUAUUUCGAAAGACCCAAAUACCGAUACCCGUAUUAUGACGAAAAUGGAAAGGGUAAACUGCUGUACGGCUACGGAGGUCCAGAGUUGUACCAAUACAAAAGUUAUUCACCGUUGGAUGGCAUCCACUAAAUAGUCAGUAGUAUCAGAUAGCUAUCAUCAGCUAAACUGUAAAUACGAAUAGUAUAUAUUUCUUAACUAAUAAGUCAUCCAGACAAACUCCGUGGCCGGAUCGAAGCAAUCUAGAAAGACUUACCUAUCAUUUUAUAUCGAGCGUUCAAACUAAUGCGUACUACAAUAAAAAUACGAUCUUAAUCAUAUCGAAA